AUGAAUAGCCCUGUAAUCCUAUUGGUAGUAGUGUUGAAGCUACAAAGCAAGGCCUUCCCGUUCGCGUUGAAAUUGGAUGUCUGGAAGCACUACCUACGCAACCGACCCUCAUACCCCGACUCCCUGUGGCGUGAAUGGAUCGAGUAUCAUGAGGGCCCAUUGAACACAGUGCACGAGCUCGGCACAGGCUGCGGCAUCGGCGCCGCCAGCUUCCUCUCCAACUCCUACGCGAAGAGCGAGCCCGUCAAACACAUGAUUCUAUCGGACCCAUCGGAGAGCAACAUCGCAACGGCCAGAGAACUAGUGCGCGCGGACGACUACCCCGACACCAGGCUCUCCUUCCACCAGCACAGGGGCGAGGACUCCUUCCUCGACCCUGGCUCCGUCGACAUGGCCUUCGCCUGCGAGUGCCUCCACUUCACCGACGUCGAGACGGCCAUUGCCAGCAUUCACGCGGGCCUGCGGCCCGGCGGGACCGUGGCGUCGGUGUUCUACGGGGUGUUGAACGCCACCAUACUCGACAACGAGCGCGCCGACGCGGCGUGGAGGGCCCUUGGGCAUAUGCACUUCCGGCGCGUGGCCGACGAGAACCUCGAGACGAUAUUCUCGCGGAUGAAGCCCGGGCAGGUGGGGCUGGGGCUCAACUUUGUGCCGCUGGACAGGGAGCUCUGGCGGGACGUGAGGAGGGUGUGGGUUAAUGUGCCUCAGGGGCAGGCGGAGUGGCCUAUGGAGGUGGGUCCGCCGAAGGAGGCCGGGGUCAGUCGGCGGUCUAGGAUUGACCCUGAGUAUGAGAGCUUCGAGUGGAGGACUGAUACGGAUGGUUGGGCUUUGAAGGGUUGCACCGCCGAGCGCAUUAAAGAGACGAUGGCGUCUCUGUUUCUGCAGUAUGGGGAGAAAGAUUGGCGGAGUGCUGAAUGGAGGGAAUUUGAGGCCGCAAUGGACGAGGGCGGCGGAACGGUUGAUUUUGCCAUUCCCGUCACGAUGAUCAUGGCCAGGAAGAAGUAG